AGGAUGUCAGAUAUGCUGGAAGAGACAGCUUAAUUUUUCUCAUCGAUGCCUCAGAAGCCAUGUUUGAAAUGAACGAUGAUGACACCUCCGCAUUUGACAUGACUAUGCAGUGUGUUCACAGGGUAUACACCAGUAAGAUUAUCAGCAGUGAGCGUGAUCUAUUGGCUGUCGUGUUCUUUGGGACUCAGAAGCACAAGAACUCUGUAGACUUCAAGCAUGUUUACGUUCUCCAUGACUUGGACACACCAGGUGCUAAGCGAGUGUUAGAACUGGACCAGUACGAGGGAGAGAAAGGGAAGCGUUCCUUCAAGGAGCAGAUAGGACACAGCACGGAUGGCUCACUGGGUGACGCUCUCUGGGUCUGCUCCAACCUCUUCAGUGAUGUCCGGCUCAAGCUGAGCCACAAACGCAUCAUGCUGUUCACCAACAAUGACAACCCGCACGCUAAAGACAGCUCCAAAGCACGAAUGGCCAGAACCAAGGCCAACGACCUCCGAGAGACAGGCAUCAUCUUGGACCUAAUGCACCUGAAGAAACCCGGUGGGUUUGACAUGUCUCUCUUCUACUGCGACAUUGUCAGCGUCACAGAGGACGAUGAUGGCGCCACGCAAGGCAUGGAAUCAGCCAAGUUGGACGAUCUGCUGCGGAAGAUGUGGGCCAAGGACUACAAGAAAAAAGCCAUCACCAGGCUGCACCUGAAUCUGGGAGAAGGCGUGGAGCUUUCUGUCGGAGUUUACAAUCUGAUCCAGAGCACCAGGAAGCCCACUGCAAUCCGCCUUUACCGAGAAACUAAUGAGCCAGUCAAAACCAAAACUCGCUGGUUUAAUGGGGAGACAGGCAGCCUGCUCCUGCCCAGUGAUACCAAAAAGGCCCAGGUUUACGGACGCAGACAGAUUGUUCUGGAGAAAGAGGAAACAGAGGAGAUGAUGAGAUUUGAUUCUCCAGGCUUGGUCCUCAUUGGUUUCAAGCCACUGUCUAUGUUAAAGAAGCACCAUUACAUCAGACCAUCCCAAUUCAUUUACCCAGAGGAGACAAUGAUAAUAGGAAGCACCACUUUAUUCAGUGCGCUGCUUACCAAGUGCCUGGAGAAGGAGGUGUUCGCUGUUUGCCGGUACACUCCCCGGAGGAACAUCCCACCCCGAUUUGUGGCGAUGGUCCCACAAGAGGAGCAGCUCGACGAUCAGAAGAUGCAGAUCAUCCCUCCAGGAUUCCACCUCAUUUUUCUGCCUUACGCCGAUGACAUCAGAAAGGUGGACUUUACGGAGAAGGCUGUGGCCAACGAGGAUCAGAUCGAGAAGAUGAAGCUCAUUGUGCAGAAACUUCGGUUUAAAUACAGGCCUGAGAGCUUUGAGAAUCCAGUCAUUCAGCGGCACUUCCGUAAUCUGGAGGCUUUGGCACUCGAUUUAAAGGAGCCAGAAGAGAUGGAAGACUUGACACUGCCGAAGAAUGAUGUGAUUGACAAGAGGAUUGGGAAGCUGGCUGAGGAGUUCAAGGAUCUGGUCUACCCUCCAGACUAUAACCCAGAGGCAAAGAGCUAUCACAAGAGGAAGCUGGGUGAUGCUGCCGGGGGAGCAGAGAAGAAGCCGAAGGUCACGGAAUCGCUGGGGAUGGAUGAGAUCAGACAACACGCACAGGGUGGGACACUGGGAAAGCUGACAGUGCCGGUACUCAAGGAGAUCUGUAAGCAGUACGGCCUGAAAGGAGGCAGCAAGAAGCAAGAGCUGAUCGACGCCAUCACCGGUCACUUCACUGAGAACUGACCGAAACUGAGUUCAGGCGAUAAGACGGGGUCUGCUCUCGGGUUUGUUUCGCAAAUGGUGGGUGGGGGGGGCGUGGUGCAGGGUUUGCCAUCACCGCACGUAACUGAGGCAUCGCAAUCACGGAGAUAGCAAACCUCUGACCCUAGCAGCAGCCUGUAUCUGAGUCAGUCCCAAUCCAAAUACAACAGAAUCGAGGCCCACUCUGACUCCAUCUAUCCUGAACUUCUCUAUAUCAUGAGAGUAGCACGGGCUUCCCUUCUGAGCUCCCCUGGUCAAGAAGCUUUAAAACAACAAAACAAUCCCACACAAGAUAUUUUUAUACCUCCCAAAAUUUGUCACAGGUUUAUUUUAUUUUUAACAUUGUACCUAGCGCUUGUAACCGACACACAUUUAGGGACAUAGUGGGAAAUAUCAGAACUGUCUCCCUCCCUGUUGUUUAUAUGAAGGGUGCAGGGAUGACUGAGAUUGGUCAUGUCUGUAUGUUACUGUUUAACAACCAACUACCAUUGUUCAUGCCUAGUAUAGUGAACCUUGGCUGGUCCCUUGGAAACCGCGAGUUAAGGUACGGUUGUAGAUCUAGCAAACAGGAUAGGUUUAGUGUGGAUUGAGGGAGAGACAGACAGACACAGUUUGAAGGAACAGCAUAGCCUUGCAUGAACCUAAACCAGGGUUUAACAAAAGUAUACACUAAUAGGGAGAUUGGGAGACUUCACUUUAACUGGCUGCAGGACUGAGACUUUUCUGAUGGGAGGGAGUGAACCUCUGGAUGGCAGCACCACAAUAGGAACAAGAUGAAAAACUGAAAAUGCUGGUAUUGCACAGCAAUUCAGGGAGCAUCGGUUAACGUAUCAGUUCAAUAAUCUUUUACCAGAAACAGGAGCAGGCCAUUCACUCUGAUCUGGGUGAGAGCAUCCAAGGUUAAUCUGAGGAUAAGAGUUCACUGGGAAAUUGUAUAACAAACCAUCUUGUAUCCCUGUUACUCAGCACGCUAUCUAACUUCCAAUCCUUUAUUUUGGGGUAUCUGUAUUUUGUAUCGAUAACGAGAGUUUAGCAAGGUCUUUUUCAAGCGUUUUGUUGCCUGUUUUGUUGAGUUUUCAUCAGUUUUUCUUUUGGAAACAUUACAAUUUUCUCCCUUCCUCCCUCGGAGUUCCCCGCGGCUCCCUCAGAGAUCCCCACGGCUCCUUCGGAGAUCCUCACAGCUCCCUUGGAGCUCCAUGGUUGUGCCCUUGUAGCUCUGCAAUACUAGUGCUCACCUCCCAUACACACAGUAAUACAAUGCAGCUGCCUGAGAUUCUAUUAAAGUACUGACAUGCCUCUCAAUAUUUAAUCUUGAAUUUCGUUAUUUUUCUAAAUUAACUCUUCCUUUAAAUUGUUUGUAUAUUGUUUGUAUCUAAGACCUGAUAAUGUGGAGAAAUAAAAAUUAUUCAAUGUUGAGGAUUGAUCUUUGUAAAAUAAAAAAAAUCUAAUUUUGACCAUU